AUGACAUGUGCCUCCCGCGGGCCCCUUGGAGCUGCCCUGUCCCUGCUGGAGAUGGGAUGCUCUGGCAGGUUUGAGGUCAUCACACAUCCCCUGGCUGUCAGCCUUUACCUCCACAGAGCACGGUGUGAGCUGCAGGGUGGUGGCUGCAGGGUGUGUGCUGCAGGGUCGGUGCUGCAGGGUCGUGCAGGGUCGGUGUGCUGCAGGGUCGGUGUGCUGCAGGGUCGGUGUGCUGCAGGGUCGGUGAGCUGCAGGGUGAGUGAGCUGCAGGCUCCCCACGGUCUACCUCCCACCAGCCUGAGCCUGGAGAAAGAAGUAGAGAAACAGUUUUUACAGGACCCGGCCUGGCUUCCUAUACAUGACACUGACUUUGCCUUCCAGAAGUUUCUCAAGGUGACUCAGAGAGAAGUUAACGUCGACUCUUUACUCAAAUGCACUCCGUCUACUCUUCACUCCGGUCUCUCUGUCGUCAGAGAUCCAACCACAGGCAUGCUGCUGGACUUCACAGAGGUGUUACUGGAGAACACCGGCAUGUCAGCAAAGAACUCGCUUUCAUUUCAACGACAACCUGGACCUCCGUCAGAGAGCCUCAGAGGAAGCAACACUAACUACCCUUUCCUCCCCGGAGGAAUGGAGGAGCUUAGUCUGGACCAAAUCAAGAAGAAAUCCGAGCUGGAGGAAGACAUCGACUUUGAGAAAGGUGAUCUUAUAAUUUUGAUCUUAGUUCCUCCUGGGUUUAAAGCUGGGAUGGACUUCACUGACAAAAAUGCCAAGCUAGCAAAAGCAGAGGUCAAUCUCAUGUCCCUCCUGUCUACAUUUGAUUACAUCACUGAUCUACAGCCUGAGGAGAAAGAGGAAGAGGAAGCCAAAGGGAGGGAAGACGCACCCAAACUACCAAGAACAAACAGCCUCGAAGAGCUGGGCAUCAAGGACGCCGUGUCAUCCUCUCCCUCAGAGAAAGGAAAAGAGGAGAAAUCAAAGCCAAAAGAAAACUCGGAGGAAAAUAAAAAGUGGGCGAUCCCUGUCAACAUUUCUUCCCCCUGUGAUGAUUUCUAUAAACGCAUCCCCAACCCAGCUUUCAAGUGGCCGUUUGAGUUGGACACGUUCCAGAAGCAGGCUGUGCUCAGGCUGGAGAACCACGACUCUGUGUUUGUGGCCGCGCACACAUCAGCUGGCAAAACAGUGGUGGCCGAGUACGCCAUCGCGCUCUCCCAGAAACACAUGACGAGGACCAUCUACACCUCUCCCAUUAAAGCCCUGUCCAAUCAGAAGUUCAGAGACUUUAAAAACACCUUCAGCGAUGUGGGACUCUUAACAGGAGAUGUCCAGCUCAGCCCUGAAUCUUCAUGUCUCAUCAUGACCACUGAGAUCCUCAGGUCUAUGCUUUACAACGGUUCAGAGGUCAUCAGAGACUUGGAGUGGGUGAUCUUUGACGAGGUUCAUUACAUCAACGAUGCUGAGAGAGGCGUCGUGUGGGAGGAGGUUUUGAUUAUGCUUCCCGAUCACGUCAGUAUCAUCCUCCUGAGCGCCACAGUGCCAAACGCUCUGGAGUUCAGUGAAUGGAUCGGUCGGAUAAAGAAGAAGCACAUUUACGUGAUCAGCACGAUGAAGAGACCCGUGCCUUUGGAGCAUUAUCUGUACACUGGAAACAGCACCAAGACUCAGAAAGAGAUGUUCCUGCUGGUGGACGCUGUGGGCAACUUCCUCACUAAAGGGUACUAUGCAGCUGUCGAUGCAAAGAAGGACCGCACCAGCAAACAUGCCCAAUCAUUUGGAACAAAAAACACAUCUCACAACACCACAGCGAGUCAGGACCGAUCGUGUGGCUCACUCUCCUGCACUUCCUGUCCCAGAGGCAGCAGACGCCCGUCGUCGCUUCACCUUCUCUCGACACGCUGCGACGACAACGCCCGCUCACUCGACUCCAUGGACAUGACCACCUCUGUGGAGAAGGCUGAGAUCCACUCCUUCUUCCAGAAGAGCAUGA